AUAGUACACUGGUGGGGGGAAAUGAAAAGUCUUAUAUCGAGGGAGAUUUAUUUGAUUCUGAUUUUAUUUUGAUAUUUUCAUUACUUAUAUAUUAUUUUAGAAAACUAUCUUAAGUAUCUAAAUUUUGUGUAUGUAUGUAUGUAUUGCAGCAUAUUCUUUAUGCUGCUUGAUAUGUUUUAUGCUAUAUGUUGUUUUCAAAUGUACAAUUUAAUACAUGUGUGUGUGUGUUUAAUGUUAUCUUAUCUGAUAGUUUAUGACUUGUGUUUUUACAUACAUCAUAUACAUAUGUAUGUACAUAUAUCCGAUAUAUAUUUAUAUAACGUACAAAGAGUAAAACUAUAAGAGGAAACUCUAUAUAUUCACUUAUAUUCAUACAUACAUAUUUACCCACGUUAAGUGCAUGCUAAUUUUCUUUUCGCGUUUUAUCCGUACUGCGAAUAGACAUACAUAUGUACACACGUACUUAUGUACGAGUACAUACGGGCGCAUUAUAAGUACAUAUGUACAUAGAUACAUAGGCGGAAACACAUCUUGUAAAAAAUAUACCCCGGGUACAAAUAAAAUAAAAAAUUUUCAUAAUCAAAAAUUUGUACAAUCGUGUAUCGUCAGAUAUGUAUGUAUGUAAAUACACAUACUACUAUAUAUUAUAUAUUGUGCAAAGUCGAAGCGUUUUUGUGCGGUCCAGUGUUUUUCAUAGUUUUUUCCGAGUGUUUUGAGGCAGCUUUGGCUAAAUUUGUUUCCCCUGUAAAAAUCCGUAGUGCGUUUCUGUAAGGAAUCGACAAUAUACUCGAUUAUAGUGAAGUCAUUUUGAUUCGAUCCAAAUUAGUCGAUUGAUCGAGAAUGAGUGUUUCUGUAAGCAUAAGUCGACAAAAUAUGAAACAGUGAGAGAAAUGGAACGCCAUUCAUGUUUGAGAAACUAUUAUUGAGAAAACUAUGAGUUUAUUGGUAAACACGCUCGCCAUACGGCAUGACAGAAGGAAUAUGUUGCGAAUACAAAGGCGCACUUUAAGGGACUCGACAGAUCCAUUCAGCAUUCCCGAGCCGCGUUUUCUUGAGUUAUUCCGCUUCAGCAGAACUGCAGUACGGGCACUCCUUGUGGAAAUCGAGCCUUUUAUGGACACAGCAGUAAGAAAUACAUUUAUUCCAAACUCCAUUAGGUUAUGUGUAGCGCUGCAUUACUAUGCUACAGGAUCAUUUCUUAGGGACGUAGGUCAGGAUUUUGUUUGCCCUAUAAGUAAGACCAUGGUAAGCCACAUAGUGCAUCAAAUUACAGAGAUUUUGCAAAAUCAUAUGGCGCAACGUUACAUCAUAUUUCCAACUACCUUAGAGCAGCAGAAUAUUGUGAAGCAACGGCCAGUGAAGUUCUUCACUGCUACUGGAUUUCCUGACAUCUUGGGAGCGAUUGACUGCACUCACGUCAAAAUUAAGAAGCCACCACAGGCAGUAGAACACUGCUACAUUAAUCGAAAAGGAUAUUUUUCCAAAAAUGUGCAAUUAGUGUGCGACUUUGAUUUAAAUUUCCUGGCGUGCUUUGCAAGAUAUGGGGGAAGUACGCACGACGCCUACAUAUGGGAAAGCAGUACACUAAAGUCCCAUAUGCUGAAUGAGUACACUGCCAAUGGGUCCACAGGAUGGUUGCUUGUAGACUCUGGAUAUCCGUUGCAGCCGUGGCUAAUGACUCCAUUCAGAAAUGUAGAGAGUAUUAGUCAGCAAAGCUACAACGAUUCUCAUGCACGAGCUCGAAAUUGUGUGGAACGCCUUAAUAGAGUUUUAAAAAAAAUAUUUGGGUGCCUUUCCCAAGACCGUGGCCUAAUGGUAAACGACUCAUUUGCAGGAUCAAUAAUUAAUGCAUGCUGUACGCUACAUAAUAUUCGAAAGAUAUAUAAUUUUCCACUUCCUGAAGUUGAUCCACUUGAAAACUCUCCGCAUGGAGACAAUGGUUCAUUACUUAACAUUUUACGAAAUACUAUUUUAAGAAACCACUUUUGUAGUUAA